AGAGAAAUGAGACGGGAAAUUGACAGUUUCGCUCACAUGCUCGCCUACCUUAGCUAAUCGAACAAUUUUACCCACACGCGCGUCUGUUUGAGACUGGAUAUUUUACGGAACAUUUCCGCUUGUCAUCGGGGAUAUUGUAUUUCAAAGAUCUUAUCUAAUUCAAAAUUUAUAGCCCGUUACAUGAAUUCAAAUCUUCAUUUCACCGCCAACAUGCAUCGAGGUAACUUCGCGUGGCUGUUUCUGGUCAUACUCGUCUCCGAUUUUCUCCAACUUAUGAUUUGUGUUCCAGGUAAGCUACUUUCCUCUAAAAUAACUUUCAUUUGUUUAAUUUUUAGCAGUUUGCAUUUCUUGUUUUUCCUUCAUUUUAAAACGAAUUCCUUUGCAUUUGCUUCAGUGGACACAGAUGAAAACCAAGAGGACUAUUCAAAAAAGAGCGCCUUGCCGUUUGCCCGGCAGUAUGAAGAGGUAUGUCCUCGCACGCCAUCUAAUGAAAGCCAAAUCAUUUUUUAUUCAUAUGUAGCAUAACGUAGUCUUGGAGGAGAGAAUUUCCGAUGGACCGUUAGAGAAUAGGAGCCCCUAUGUCCCUCCGCAAAGGAUCAGUUAAUUUCCAUUUGUUUAAAGAUCAAAACAAAAGUUUAAUCAAAAUUGCAGUUAAAUUUAAAGGGGUUUUACCUGCCCUUGUUAAAAUCAGUUUAAAGUUUUAAACUCCAGGUUGGAAAUCACGUUGCAGUGUAUUUUUAGCGUUUUACGAUAAAGAAGAAAAAGAAGCUUGCUCGCGAGAAGUUUUCGAAAUUGUUAUCCUAAAAGCAAGCACUUCGCACAAUAUUAUUUCGCCGUUUGUUUGUAUGGGUUAAGCGUCAGUACGCUAUUAGUAUUUGCGGAGGGCUUUACCGGUUAUCCAGAAUUCAAAUCUUACGAAUUUGAAUUGCGCGCGGGUGGGCUUGGCCACAUUUGAAAAACAGAGAGCGCAAAAUUGAAAUUUCGGUUUUAAAAAGCGGUCAAGAUCAUUCUCAAACGCUGCGACAAUAUAACGGCGUCAAGGCUGCUUUCAAGGGGAGUAAAAUUUUAUUUCUAAAGAAAACAUAUCGUGGCAAACAAACAAUGGAUCACUCUCUAGAAAAAACACGCCAUGCCGCCUGUGGUUGUCUGUGUUGACGCGAGCAAUUUUUUUCCUGCUACCCAUUUCAGAUUUCGGCCGAUUCCGAAUUCUUCUCAUACCGAAAAGCAGCAGUUAUUCUCAUAAUAAAGAAAUUUACGAAGUAAAUUCGCUCCCACGAGGUAUGAAAGUGAGAAGUACCCCAACUGACUUUAUCACCUUCAUUAUGAAGUAAUUCUCAAGAGAUUAUUACUAAUAUUUCGCUUGCAAAAGCUUCUUAUUUUAAAAUAUUUCUAAAAUGAGCUCAGAAUAAAUAAAUGCAUUAGUAACUAAUGCAAUAUAAUUUUAACUUAAACGGUUAAAUGUUAACAAUGUACUUCUGUCGUCAUCGCUGUAAUCGUGUUUUUCAUAACGAUCACGCGAAUAUCUACUUAGAGACUCAAUAUUCGCUUGAUACUUAUGCAAUUGUCCAUACUGGUUAAAAUUCAAGAUCAUAUCGUUAUGUGUUGUCUUUAAAAAACGUGCUGUCGAUAAGGAAAAGCUCACAAUAUAUCAUUCAAUAACAUUUUCAUGGAUCAGAGCACAGAAUGAAUUUUCAAAUCCAGGACAGUUAAAAUUCAAAUGAAGUGGCCUCAGUUUAAAUGUGACGCAAUGAAUAAAGCAGCUGAUGACUUAUCAGUUUGUUUGUCUUGUCUAUUUAGGCCGUAAAACACAUUAAAAUGUAAAUAAAAUUACGGCAAUUUUUUUGAUAAAGUAAACAAUUCGUGUCAAAAACAAAUAACCGUUAUUUUGAUAGCAACGAAUUACUUUUCCUUUUAUCAAUAAACAGUAUGUUAAAGAAAAAAUAUGCAAAUAAAGUUCUGGUUGAAAAUUAUUACCUCCAAUGCAUGAAUCAAAAGACAACGCUUUCAGAAAAAAUAAAAAAAAUAAAAGAUUAAUUAAUGGGGCAAAAUCAUGAGUAAUUUAGGUUUGUUAAUUUAUAGAUUAGUGUUCUUUUCAGUUAAAAAAAGAAAAACCCAGUUUCGCUUCGCGUAUUAUCCACGGGAGAAAAUAAAAUUUUUUAAUAGGCUAAGAGGCCGUUAACUGCCAACAAUGAUUAACUUUCCUCGCCUUUUUUUUAUGUUUGACCAAUAUGCAAACAUUCCUAAGCUUAAAACCGUUUGAAUAUCAAACACGCUGAUUAGUAUUGCAUGUGACCAUGUCAGGGUGGAUUCCAGAGUCGAAUUGAGAGUGAUAAUCAACGGCUGAGUACAAAAUGAGUACCAAAUUCGAAGUUCUUUACACGGGAUAGAGGUGGUAACCGAACAAACUGCCUGAAACAAAAUUAUACCAGACGAAAGGCAUCUUUAUUUUCAAAUACCCAAGGUUGUUUAAUAAUGAAGAAGAUUUUAAGUAUGAAGCUUGCAUUCAUAACACCUUAACAAGUUAACUUCGUCACUUGCAUCACGAAAUCAUAUAUUCAACAUGUUCAACUGCUGAUCUAAGAUACCUUUGUGAUAUCGAGGAGUCUACCGUUCUCUUCGCAAAGAUCAAACUAAGCCAGUAUUUUUAUUCGAAAAUUGAGCAACGGAGCAUAACCAAAUAUUCAACGAUUAUUGUACCAGGUGAUGUGUGACAUCGUGAUUUAUUACCGGUGCGCAGAUCUUUAUUUUCCCGAAGGCGAAGGCUGAAGCAAACAAUUUAUCUGCGGAAAAAAUUCCGAUUUGUUACAAUCACGUAGUUCAAUAAUCGCAUCAUAACUCGAUUAUGUGAUUUUUGAGACAGAUUGGAGAAGGGAGGAGCCAUUUUCCAGAGACGAACGUUGAUACAAUUCGAUAUAAAUGGCCCUUUGUUUACAGUGGGCCAGUCGAUGGCAACUACCAAAGAGAAAAACAAUCUACUUAACAAAUAGACCCGAUGUUGCCGUGCCUCUCCUCAGUAAUGGAUCACAGAUGACGUCCAAUGUGGUAAGAGCAAAAAAGAGGGCACACCAGGCGCAACCGAGUGUGUCACUGACGUUCUUACCACAUUUUGACGUUGUCUGUAAUCUUUCACUGAACAGACCCACGGCAACAUUGAAUCUAUUUGUUUUAUAUGAUAAAAAAAGCAAAACGUUACUAAAAAUGACGUCACCAAGGAGUCUGUCCUCCAAGAGAUUAUGAAAAGUUUCUAAUGUCGUGGCAAGAACUAACCAAACUGCGUGUACAUCCCAGCUUAUCAUUUAAAGAGAUAUACUCCGUAAUGGCUGAUUAUAAAGUAGGUAGGACUUGCGUGCGUUAUGUUAUAAUAGACCAUACGUAAGAGCCAAUCAAAAUGUGUGUAUAAUAUAGCUUUUCAUAUAACAUGUCAUCGCUAUCCAGCUAUACCAGACUGAUAUCGAUCGUUACUGAAAUUAACGGUUAGUCUCACAGAAAUUCCCUAUCGUUUGUCCAGCCACCGAUUCUCAGAUUGGUCACACCCAAAGUAAAUUCAUCAGAAAUCUCUGAUGUUCUCUGAAACAAACCCAAUGAACUACGAAGAAGAAGCAAUCAAAAGAUUACUCUCUUUGUUUAUUUUUCGCCAAAGUAGAAAAGUGACACUGAGGUACUAUAAAGCAUUUCUUCAGCUGUCUCUUAAUAUUUACAGGUUUUUCUAGACAUCUUUGCAUUUUUCUACACCCCCGGAUGCUUCUCAAUUUCUCAAAAAAAAUAUCCUGAUAUUGUGAUUAGGCCUAUGUAUGUAGAUCUAAGCUGUUUGCGGCUUUGUACUGAAUGCUAAUACGCCUAAAAGGUCCUAUUAGACGGGGCCUACCUGGAUGGGAGACUUGAAAAAAAACCCUCUUUCUGACCUUUCGUUUACUCAAAUUUUGUUUAAACCUUAAUUUAGACAAAUCAACAAUAUUUAGCUGGCCUUAGCAUUCUCGAAAUUAAGAAUAUUAUGUCUUAGGUGGGCAAAUUUAAGUUUAAACUGUCUUACUUUGGUUCCCUUUAAAAAGUCAUGUGAAUUAAAGUAAAAGUUUCAAUUUAUCAACGAUUUAAAUACAAAUACAAUUCAAGAUUUAAGGUUGACGGCAAGGUUUACUUUUGGUCAUUGUGAUAGGCACGUGAAGGAGACCCUGACUCCUACCAAGAUGAUUCUGAAAUCCCAGACAGAAUGUACAAAAGAAUUUUCUACACCCACGGUCUCGUAUACAAUCAAAGUCCAGAAAAUCAAAGAAGCGAAUCAAAGCCUAUGGACGAAAAGAAACCUCUUCCAGCACGAUUUCGAGAAUUCCAAGCCAGUGAUGCCGAACAAAAGUUGAAGACACUGAUAGCUCUAAGAGAUCGUGCGAAGUCAAUCCAUGAAGAUCUUGCUCAUUCAGUAUUAAAACAAGAAGCAAUGAUGGAAAAUCGUCGGGAACAGCAGCGCAAAGCUCCCGAAUGGGAUAAGAUCCUGGAAGGAUUGUAAAGAGGAGAAAUUCAUACAUGGGAUGGUGGUUAGCGUCUAGAGUAGAUAUAAAAGAACAUAAGGACACGAUAGCAACUUCACGCUGCUAAGAAUAACUGGAUAAAUUUAAACUGUUUUUGUUUCAUUUUUUGC